AGAAGAAAAGGACUAUGAAAUAGAUCCAUCAGAAAAAAGUUUGGGGGAGAAAUAGAACCCAAAUUUUGCAAUUUCAGAAAACCUCAGGGACCUCUCCUUUUCCAUCAGUCUUCUUCUGCCCCCAAAUAUUUUUAGCUCAGUUUCCUCUUCCCGCUCUCUCUCUCACUUUUCUCAAGCUCAACAAACAACUUCUUCUUCUUCCUUAUCUCUCCCUCGCCGGCGAGUUUUCUAGGGUUUGUGCCGAUUGCCAUUCGUCUCCUGGUAACGCCUCAAUUGCUUGUUCAAGAUUUUCUUUUGGCUGUUUCGGGCGGGUCUCAAGCUGUGGACUUGAGAACCCUGCAUUGAUUUUUAGUUUGCGUUUUUUGUGUUUUUGAUUUGUGGGUAGGGAAUGUUUGUGUAUAAAGAUGUGAUCUUUGUUGGUUUUUUUGGUGUUUGAACUGUGCUAGUUGGUAAAUAAGGUUUUGCAUGUAUUGGUAAGUGUGAGAUUACAGAGGAAAGAAGAAGAAAGUUGGUUGCUUUUUGCAAGUUUAGAGUAGUAUUGUUAGUAUGCUGAAACUUUUUCCCCUAUGAGGUUGAUCUAAAUUUGUUAAAAAGAUGGAGGAAUCAUGUAAAGGCAUGCAAGUGAAUUGGGAAGUAAUGACUAAUGAGUUGAGAAAUGUGGGAUAGGAAAGAGUGAGUUGAUGGGUUAGAUGUAGUUAUUCGACUCUGUUCGAUAUGAUAUUCACGGUUGGAAGUACUUUGUAUUGGUAGCUGUGAAAUUACAGAGGAAAGAAGAAGAAAGUUGCUUGCUUUUGCAAGUUUUUAGUAGUAUUGUUAGUUUGCUGAAACUUCCCUUAAUGGUUUAUCUAAGUUGCUAAAAAGAUGAAGGAAUCAUGGGAAGCCAUGCAAGUAAAUAGAAAUGUGAGAUAAGUAAGAGUGAGUGGAUGGGUUAGAUUCAGGUAUUCUAGUCUAUUCAAUUUGGUAUUCAGGGUUGGAAGAACAAAGUUCUUCCCUUAUAAUGUGGUAGGCUAAUAGUUUUUCAAUUUUAUCUUGGGAAAUUCUUAAAAUGGCAGACCAAAAUGGGCCACUUACAAAAAUGGUAUUUCGGUAACAAAUGAUUGAUGCUUCGUAAUGUAUGUUGAGUUGUUGACAUUCCUUUUUUAUGGAGUGCCAUUCUUUUGUUCCGUCACCCUUGGAAAAUGCCAUUGUAGGUAAUAUCGCUUUUAGUUUGGGUGUUUUGAAUAAGGUUUGAGGCGGAGUGAAUGGAUCAGUUACGGAUGCUUUGGAGAGUGGUGACGUUGUAUGAAUUUUUGUCUAAUGCAUACAUGGGUUGAGAUCCCCGGUUUGGCCUUAUGUACUUGUGGGUGGACACGUGGAUGGAGCUCUGCUGAACCUUUUAGUGGGGAAAAGCCAGAUUGUUGCUCCAAGUAUUUUUACAUGCAUCUUCGAUUUUGAUACUAACUGAAUGGGUGGAUAUUUUGAAUGAUCGAACUGUAGUAGAUUUCUUCCCUUGUCUGUGCAUGUGGGAUUCGUGAUAUAAGAGUAAGGAAACUUUUUAAAUCCUGAAUCACCUAUGGAGUGCAACAAAGAGGAGGCGGUCAGAGCAAUGCAACUUUCAGAAACAAAGAUGCAAAACAAAGAUUAUAUAGGAGCAAUGAAGACAGCACAAAAGGCUCAGAGACUCUUCCCUGAUCUCGAAAACAUUUCUCGGUUACUUACGGUAUGUGAAGUUCACUGUACAGCAGAAAACAAGCUAGGUGGAUCCGAAAUGGAUUGGUACGGAAUUCUUCAGAUUCAACAAUUUGAUAAUGAUGUCACCAUCAAGAAACAGUAUAGAAAAUUGGCACUUUUGCUUCAUCCUGAUAAGAAUAAGUUUGCUGGUUCGGAGGCUGCUUUUAAGCUGAUUGGGGAAGCAAACAGGGUGCUGUCGGACAAACAAAAACGUUCUAUAUAUGACAUUAAGUAUAGAACUUUAGCAAGACAUGGUGGAUCAAAAACAACAGCUCAUCAGUCAAAUAUUGAUUUCUUUGCUGCAACCAAUUCUCAGAAUAAUCCUCAGUCACCUGUGCAACCAAACACAUUCUGGACACAGUGCUACUAUUGUUUCUCAAAGUUUCAAUACUAUAGAGACUUUCUGGGUCGGUUGCUCCGUUGUCAAAGAUGCCGGAAAGCAUUUGAAGCUCAUGAAUUUCGGGAAGGUGUGCAUCCAGAAUCUUUCAGAAAUGACUUUCCGAAUUAUAAAGAGCCGCCAAGUCAGGGUCCUUCAAACGUAGCCUCACAAAGUAAUGGAGGAGCUGAAAAAGGAAAUUUCACAAGAUUUCAGAAUGGAGAUGCAGCCUUCAAACCUGUGUCAAAGGUAGGAACUUCUGCUGACUUGAGUGGGGCUUCUGAUGCUGAAAAGAAAGAUAUUUGGCGUGGGGUUGAAGUGGGGAAGCAAGGUGUUGAAACAUCUAAAUUUGGUCCAGUGAAGUCCAAAGAUACAAUAACUUCUAGAAAUAUGAACAAAGAAAGAGAGAAUUCAACUUUUGAAUUUAGAGAAAGUUUGAAGACUGGAAAUAGAGCUACAGCUGAUACUGAACGUGCUGCUAAAAAGAAGAAUGAUAGUGUUUCUGAACUUGGUGGAGGCUGUCACCCUAGGAGAUCUCCAAGGAACAAGCAUAAUCUUUCAUCCCUCCUAGAUGACAAUGAUGAUGAUGAUUUUGUGAGUCCCCCAUUCAAAAGGUUGAGGAAGGGCCAAUUGUUUAGUGCUGCUGAGGAGGGAAAUAAUGCAACUGUUGGUGGACAUAAGAAAAAUACAAGAGAAAAAGUAAGUUUUCCUCUAGAAGAAAAUUUGCCAAAGAAGAAGAGUAAAACUGAGGAAUUUGAGUUAACGGUAAAGGGAACCGCCAUGUCAGAUCAUGAUGAAAGCAACUUCAAAGGUGAUUUCAGUCCUGUAGCUAAUGUAGAUGUUGCAUCCACUCCGGGAGCCAUUGAAGUUCCUGAUCCUCAAUUCCAUAAGUUUGUGGUUGAUGAAGAUAGUUUGCCAAGUCUUUUUGAAGCCAAUCAAAUAUGGGCUCUUUAUGAUCCAGUAGAUGGCAUGCCCAGAUACUAUGCUUUUGUCAAGAAGGUCCUCACCCCUGGAUUUAAGCUGAAAAUCAGAUGGCUGGAGGCCAAUCCAGAUGACCAAGGUGAGAUUGAUUGGUCCGAGAUGGAGUUGCCAGUUGCUUGUGGCAAGUUCAAACUUGGGAAAACUCAAGAAAUUAAAGAUCAUCAUAUGUUUUCUCAUCAGAUGCACUACAGAAAAGGAAGUGAUAAAAAGUCUAUUCUGGUAUAUCCUAGGAAGGGAGAAACUUGGGCCAUGUACCAGAAUUGGGAUAUUGGAUGGAGUUCUGAGCCGGAAAAGCACAGGCCCUACAAAUAUGAAUUUGUUGAAGUCUUGUCUGAUUUUGUCGAAGCUUUUGGAAUUGGAGUUCGUUAUUUAGGCAAAGUGAAAGGAUUUGUCAGUUUAUUUCAGCCAACUGAGCAGCACGGGGUUGUCAUGUUUCAAGUACCAACUCAUGAGCUAUACAGAUUUUCUCAUCAGAUUCCCUCUUUCAAGAUGACUGGUUGUGAAGGAUCUGGUGUUCCCCCAGGAUCCUUUGAGCUUGAUCCUGCUUCUUUGCCCACCAGUAUUUUUGAUUCAAGUGAUCUAGGUAACUUGGAAAUGGAUGACAGAAGCAAGAAAACUGAAACUGAUGGUACGUCUUGUGAAAGGGUUGGUUCUGUAACUGCAUGCACAGGUAUGAAGCAGGGGAAGAAGCUUUCUGAAAGAGAGACUUUGAUGUCUAGAUCUCCAAGAGAGUCAGAUACUGAAUUUGUGAAUUGUAUGAAAGGGAAGAGCAUGACAAACCUAAACCAUGGAAACCUCACACAACCUGAGGAAAGUGCUAUUCCAUGUCAAGCAGAUAAGAGAACCGACACACAGAAGCAUCAAAAGAACAAUUCGGAUAAAGAAAGUUUUAGUCUUAGAAGAUCACCAAGGGAAUUAAGCAAGAACAGUACCCCAUCAAACGGAGCUAUGAAGUGUCCAGAUUCUGCCAAGGACGACGGCCAUGUCAGCUUCCCUCAGUCUAAAGUAAACUCUACCUCUAGCCAGUAUAAUAACAGGAUUCAUUCAACUCUGAAGGAUCACCAUACUCCCAGUCUCAUGAAAAACCCUGUAGCCCCUCCUCCAUCUUCAUCACCUGCCUGCAGAUUGUCCCAGACUGAAUUCUACGACUUCAAAGGGCUAAAAUCUCAGGAGAAAUUUAGUCUUGGUCAAAUUUGGGCUCUGUAUAGUGACCGACAUGGGAUGCCUAAUACUUAUGCUCAAGUUAAGAGGAUUGAGGUUAGGCCAAAUUUUCAAGUGCAUAUGGCAGUGCUGGAACCUUGCUCAGAACCGGAAAAUUUGUCUGGACCAGUUUCCUGUGGGACAUUUAGAUUGAAAAAUUGCCCAACUGAGGUCUUCCCCCUCUCUUCAUUUUCUCACUGCUUAAAUACCGGAAAUGUUGUUGGUAGGAAGGUGUUUGAAAUACAACCCAAGGAAGGUGAGGUUUGGGCUCUAUACAAGAACCACAAUCCUGAGCCGACUUGUCCCAACCUGGCCAAGGGUGAAUGUGAAAUAGUGGAAGUGCGGGGAAAUAGUGGAAGAAGCACAAAGGUUGGAGUUCUGGUAAAGGUUGAAGGAUUUAAAUCAAUAUUCAAGGCUCCAAGAAUCCAGAGAUCAAAAACUGGGAUCAUUGAUGUACCGCUGUCUGAGUUUCAUAGAUUUUCUCACCAGAUUCCUGCUUUCCAGCAUAGCGGGGAGAGUGACAGUCGACUUGCAGGCUGUUGGGAGCUUGAUCCAUCAUCAAUACCUGGUACUGUAAUUUCCUUAGAUUGAAACUGCAAUGUGCCAACUUUCUAGCAUCCGUUCGUUUAACUCUUGACAUUUGCCGGAGUGCUGCUUGAGAAUAAAUAGAAUGAACUUCAGUUAAACAUUUCAGUUUACAUUUCUUGAGAGUUGGUGAAUGUUCGGAGCCUGAAGCAUUAGCUUGUUAUCUUUUUGGUAGUGCAAAUUCAAUAAUGAUGAGGGGGCAAAGACAGGUUCUCUCCCAUUUUUUAGUGUUGUUGUUUUCAUUGUUCUA